AUGUAUGUGAAAUGCUUUGAUACAGUAAUGUUUUACUAUGUGAUUUUAGUGUAUUUAGUGAAUGUUACUUUUUGUCAUUUUCAAAUUUCCCGCCGUUCCAUCCCCGUACGUCCCGACGCUCACAGGGGACGGAACCCAGAUGACAGAUGCCAGCAUCCGCCGGAUUACAUUGCCGGGGACAUCGUGGGAGUGCAGGACAAGAUAAGUGAAGAACAGAUGCCGGAGCAGCGCCGCAUGGUAAGCCCGAAUGUUGCUUGGGGUUACCGCUUUUGCUACACUCUGGAAUACCGUCAGGGAGGCUAC